AUACAAGUUUUAUCUAAGACACUUGGUUUAAUUAAUGGGAAACAUGAAAGCUUCAUAUGCUCUCUGCAUACUCUCCUUGCUUCUCUUGUUUGCUAGCUCUAUUGAUGGAAGGAAAGAUAUGGGAGAAUACUGGAGAGAUGUCGUGAAAGAUCAAUCUGUAUCAGAAUCUGUGGAAAUCAGUCUGGUCACUGCAGAUCCUACCAGGUCUCUCUCUAAUGAGAAACCUGACCGUCAUGCCUUCGACAUUAAGCUGAGUCCCGAUACUACAAUUUACCACAAUGAAAUCAAACCAACCAAAGAAAAUUUUUUUGUCAAAGAUUUUGAGCCAAGACCUGAUACUACUAUUUACCACAAUAAUAUCAAACCUGAACAAAAAUAUUUCAUUAAGGAUUUUGAAUCAAAACCUGAUAUUUUGAUUUAUCAUAAUGAUAUUAAACCAACCAAAGAGAAACUCUUUAUUAAGCAUUUCGAACCAAGGCCGGAUGUUUCAAUCUAUGACAACGGUGUUAAAGCAACUGGAAAAAAAUUCUCUCUUAGAGCUAUCGAGUCGAGUCCUGAUACAAUUUAUGUUGAUUCAAGUCCUGAUACUACAAUUUAUGUCGAUUCAAGUCCUGAUAGUACAAUCUACCACAAGUGAAUGAACUAUGCAGAUGCUAGGUAGAGCCCCGUAUUAGUAUAAUGCUCAUAACUAGAAGACUGAUCAGUUUGGUUUUCUAGGGUUUGCAAUAAUUGAGCAUGUAAUGUGUUGUUUAUGGAAGUUGAAAUGGGCUCAGCGUGUAUAAAUAAGCUAUGUAAUGUGUUGGUUUAUUCUAUGAAUUGCAGGAAGAAGUUCAGCCUGUGAGCAUUGUAAAAUAUGAUCAUUAAAUGAAGUCCUGCCAAGUUAAUUGUUCUUUAAA